UCUUGGAUUCUGAUGUUGUCUCAAAAAAAAAAUCUGUUAUGGAUCUGAGAUCGGAUCUGCAAUCAGAAAAGGAUCAGAACAACCUAAGGAGCCACUUAAGUUUCAACCACUUAGGCAUCAACAGCCUGCUUCCUCUCAGACCCAGCAGAAGAAAGUCAUUUCAAUCUCAAAGUCAAAGUACUCUUCAGCUUCUAUAUCUUCGUUGAAUUGGAGAGCUCAGAUUUGACAUGAGACUCAAGUGUGGCCAAUCAGUGGGCAUUAGUUUUUCCUACCCUUUUCUUUGAAGAUAGUCUGACUCAUUUUGCAAGCCAUUGGAAUCUGAUAACAUCCAACAAAUUGGUAUUCUCCAAAUGAUUCAAUGAGUGGGAAUAUUCAGAGGCCACUCGAAGAAGAAGAAAAAAAAGGAUGUACAUUUUGGAGAUGAAAAAGGAUAACUUAUGGUUUUACAGAAUAUAAAGAAAUACUGUCUGACAUGAUGGCAAAAAAUAUUGGUGUCACUUCCACAUAUGGAGACCUGAAAGGAUUUAUAGAUCAGAACCGGAGUCCAUCAAAAGGUAACAUUUCAGUAAUUGCAUUACCAGUUUCCGGCACCAAUUCCCCAGCUAAGAUUUUGCCAAAAACCUUAGGACCAAUAAACGUGAAUGUUGGACCCCAAAUGAUCAUAAGCACACCACAAAGACUGACCAAUUCAGGGAGCGUUCUGAUUGGGAGUCCAUACACCCCAGCACCAGCAAUGGUCACUCAGACGCACAUAACAGAAGCCACUGGCUGGAUUCCACGGGACAGAAAACGGGCUCGGGAAUUUAUAGAAUCAGAUUUUUCAGAAAGUAAAAGAAGCAAAAAAGGAGAUAAAAAUGGAAAGGGUCUGAGGCAUUUUUCAAUGAAAGUAUGUGAAAAAGUCCAGCGUAAAGGAACAACGUCCUACAAUGAAGUAGCUGAUGAACUGGUAUCAGAAUUCACAAAUUCUAAUAGCCAUUUGGCUACAGAUUCGCAGGCUUAUGAUCAGAAGAAUAUUAGGCGGAGAGUUUAUGAUGCCCUCAAUGUGCUGAUGGCAAUGAACAUCAUUUCAAAAGAGAAAAAGGAAAUCAAAUGGAUUGGCCUUCCUACAAACUCAGCUCAAGAAUGUCAAAACCUAGAGAUAGAGAAACAGAGACGACUAGAACGAAUAAAGCAGAAGAGAGCCCAGCUGCAAGAGCUGCUAUUGCAGCAAAUAGCAUUCAAAAAUUUGGUACAAAGAAAUCAGCAAAAUGAACAACAGAAUCAAGGUCCUCCAGCUUUGAACUCUACAAUACAGCUCCCUUUCCUAAUAGUUAACACUAGCAAAAGAACUGUUAUAGACUGCAGCAUAUCAAGUGAUAAAUUUGAAUACCUCUUUAAUUUUGAUAACACGUUCGAGAUUCAUGAUGACAUUGAGGUGCUGAAGCGAAUGGGAAUGUCCUUUGGGCUAGAGGCAGGCAAAUGCUCAGCAGAGGAUCUAAGAACUGCGCAAUCAUUGGUGCCAAAAGCUUUAGAAAGCUAUGUCACAGAUAUGGCUACAGGACUUUCAUGGUUGAACCAGGGGUUACUUAUAAAUUCAGCUCAUUCAGUUUCAACUUUAGAAACAGCUGGCGGUACCUCUAUUUCUAAAUCAAGUGGAAAUCCAGGAUUGUGUCUGGAUGCUGAAGUGGCCUUAGCAACUGGGCAGUUCCUUGCCCCUGGUAGUCAACAGUCCAGCAGUGCAACAUCACGUUAUUCGGAGUCACGAGGAGAAACCCCAUGCUCAUUCAAUGAUGAAGAUGACGACGACGAUGACGAUUCCUCUUCCCCAGAAUGAAGACAGCAGAAAAUAGAAUAUACAAGAUGCUGCUUUUAUGUGUUUUUAGUGUGAGCUCCUGGUUUUCAUGAUGUAACUUCAGUUUCUUGCCUUUGUUUGCACUGUGUUCAGUUAAACUAAAUGGAAACUUGCACGCAUACA